UCUUAUGCAAAUGCGUUUUUAAAAAUAAUUAAGCGGCCGCCUCAAGAUUUGGCAAGAGAGUCGUUUUUUUUGCAGUGCCUGAAAGAUUUGCGGAUUUGUUGGUCUCGGUUUUUGGAUUUACCCCGCAGCCUCCUCCUCCAGUGCAAUCUCCUAAAAGCCAUGUGCCUGCCAUAAGCCAUACGCCAUAGACAUAGACACCGCUUCCUAAUUGACAACAGAAGAGCCAACUAAAUGGACGCGUAGCAAACGGGCCAAGAGAGAGCGAGAGAGAGCGAGUGUUGUGAUUUGGAUUUCCAGCGUGCUAUCGCACAGAGAGAGAGAGAGCCCAGAGGCGAAAUACCUCAAACGAGCCAGAGCCAGAGCCAGAGAAACAAAAUUCACGCCAAAAUGUCCAACGCCACAAAAAUGGUUUACAGUUAUAGAAUUUUAUGGCUUUCCGGCGUUUUACUAGCUCCCAUCCUGCUGGCCGCCAUUGCGGUACAAGGCCAAGAUCUAGCCAGUCCAGUAUUUCAAAAUCACAAGACGAAGGAAUGGACGAAUUUAGAUAAUAUAACAUUCUCAUUCGAUUGCAAGAGGCGAUCGGUGGGCUUCUAUGCCGACAUGGAGUACAAUUGCCAGAUCUUCCAUAUGUGCGAUGAAGAGGGCAAUCGGAUACCACACCUGUGCGCCAACGAGACGAGCUUCAAUCAGGAAUACAGAAUCUGUGAUUGGGACUACAAUUUCAAUUGCACAGAGUCGCCCAAAUGGUUCUAUCUGAACGAACUGACGUAUGCCACAGAUCCGCCAGAUGAAGAUGAUGAGGAUUACUAAAACGAUUUGCACUUAACUAAAUAUUUAUUGUCUUUCCAAGAGCAAACAAACUAAUUAAAUUAAAAUGCCCUGAAUGAAUAGAAUGCUGUAAAAUUCCAUGAAAUACGAAA